UGUAAUUUAAAUCUGACAUCAUUCCUGUUGACUUGAAAUUUGAACCUUAGUGUUAUUCUUGGUGAAAAUUGCCUUUGAUUUGAUAAAUUCCCUCAUGAUAUUAACUCUUCUAAAUUAACAGAUUUAUUACCGGUUUCUGAGCGAUAUAGAGCUUAAAUGAAAAAUGAAAAAUUAUUUUUGAUUAUCUUUUCAUAUUUUUGAUUAGUCAGAUACCUAACAAUUGAACAUAUAAAUACUUUUUUAGUGGAGGAGUGCUUUUUUUUAGUAAGUGGAAUUUCAGGAAAUAAUGUUUAACGGAAUUUGAAAGUCACAAAAUCUUGAAGUAGCAUUUAAAGUUUUUCUUUCAGUGGUUUUCCCUUUAAAAUUUGCAGUGAGUUUUUUUUGUAUUUACUCGUGAGAAAUUAGAUCUUAUUAAUUGGAAGAAACUAUAUUUAAUGUCAGAGAAAUAAAUAAGCCCUUCUAUUUGUUGCAGCUUAUUGUUUCUUAAAAUGAAUUAUCUAAACAGCCAAAAAGUUAAAAAUAAAAAAUUCUUGGUGAUUAAAUUUUUCCUGUUUUGCCUUGCUGUGUAAGAAUGUCCUUGCGUUGUAAACAUCACACCAGUCUUUGGUCCAGUGCUUUUCAGUGUAUGGAGCUGGGCAGCAGCCUGUCCCAUUUGGAGGGCAGGUUACAGACCUUGUACGUUAAUGUCAUGCUCAAAGCAGAUUUGCAAGGAUCCUACAACAGGUACUUCCCCUAACUCUGCCUUAGGUCAUCGUACGUGAACUCGUUUUCAGUAAUUAAAUGGAUAUCCCAAGUGUUUGUUCUAUAUUUAUCCUGUUGCUCAUUGAUUCCUAAAAUCAUUGAUUUGGCAGCUUCUCUCAGUUUUUUUCUCUCCUGCUGUGAUUCAUUUUAGAUUUGUAAAAUUUGGUGUCCUAGCCUACAUCUCUUUAUGCAAGCCUCACCUUUCUUUAUGUCUCACUGCCAAUGGCUUUAUAAUUUUUGCAGCUAGGCCAGCAUUUAAAAGAACCUAUUUUUUAGAGCUAGUUUAUGGUUUAUGUUAUUUAAAUAUUCAUGUCUUGUAGAGUGGGUAGUUGAAUUUAAUAAUUAAAAUAAGACAUUUUUAUCUGUAAGGCUGUUCAUUUUUCUUCAGACUCUCCCCUCUAAUACUUACUCAGUAUUUCUGUCUCUGCAGAAUUAUUAUUUGAUUUAAAGAUCCUUUUAUCCUCAUGUGAAGCUUGAAGGACCCAGACUCCAGUUAGGACCCUUACUAAAGCUGAUUUUUCUGUAAACCGAUUUCAGCCAAGGUAGAGUUAGUCCCCAUGGCUAGUAAAGGCAGUUUCUCAAAGUCAUAACUUAUUUUGUUGACAAAUACGGUAGUGUGGUUUUCCUGUCUUAAUGCCUUGCCUGUUCUAAUGAAAAUGAGAUAUGAUAGCUAUCUGGCUACAAUUUUGAUUUCUAAGCAGUUCUUAUGUCAUUUUAAAUUUAGAACCUAAUUGUUUCACCAUUUAGUGUCUUAUGUCUUAGUUUUAUGUCUGUGUUCCAGCUUUUCAGGGAUAGUGUCUUCUAAUAUAGUGUCUCUGAAAUCAAGUUUUCUAAUUUUAAUGGAUUAAUAGAUGAAAAAAGGAGACUGAUAUUAAUCUCAUAUUUUGUUACUCAGUCAUGGUUUUAGUAGUAGUUUAGCAGUUUCUUUAAUUACCCAAAUCUUUGUUUUUCAGAUGCUUUGAAGUUAUGUUAUCCUUUCAUGUUACUACCCUGAUGGGAUGAUAAAAACAGCAGGAAAAAAAACCACCAGAUGAUCUUCCAUGGUCACACACUCAUGGAAUUCCAUGGAGCUCACUGAAGGUGUCUUAAAAUAGUUUGGCUUGGAGACAUGAUGCCAUUAUUAUCUCAGGAACUGAAAUGGCCAAACAAAUCCAGAAAGAAAUCCAGCGAGGUGUGGAGUCAUGGAUUUCCCUUGGGAACAGAAGACCUCACCUCAGUAUCAUUUUAGUGGGUGAUAACCCAGCAAGUCACACUUAUGUCAGAAGGAAGAUCAGAGCCGCCUCUGCUGUAGGUAUCUGUAGUGAGAUCAUUCUAAAACCUAAGGAUGUUUCUCAGGAAGAACUUUUGGAUAUGACUGAUCAGUUGAACAUGGACCCGAGAGUCAGUGGUAUAUUAGUUCAGUUGCCACUGCCAGACCAUGUGGAUGAGCGAACGGUAUGCAAUGGCAUUGCCCCUGAGAAAGAUGUUGAUGGAUUUCAUAUUAUCAAUAUUGGAAGACUGUGCCUUGACCAGCAUUCUCUCAUGCCCGCCACUGCCAGUGCUGUCUGGGAAAUAAUCAAACGAGCAGGAAUUGAAACAUUUGGGAAAAAUGUGGUUGUGGCUGGAAGAUCCAAGAAUGUAGGGAUGCCCAUUGCCAUGCUUUUACACACUGAUGGAGAACACGAACGGCCAGGAGGUGAUGCAACUGUGACAAUAGCUCACAGAUAUACCCCCAAAGAACAAUUGAAGAUCCAUACACAGCUGGCAGAUGUUAUCAUAGUAGCUGCAGAAACACUUGGAUUCAUACACAAGACUCAGAAUUUGAAUCAUCUAGAGAUCAUAGUCACAUCACAGUGGUGGCUCAAAACAGGUAUUCCAAAGUUGAUUACAUCUGAUAUGGUUAAAGAAGGUGCUGCUGUAAUUGACGUGGGUAUCAACUAUGUCCACGACCCAGUGACAGGAAAGACAAAAUUAGUUGGAGAUGUGGACUUUGAAGCCGUUAAGAGGAAGGCUGGUUUUAUCACUCCAGUUCCAGGAGGCGUCGGACCCGUGACCGUGGCAAUGCUUCUGAAGAACACCCUUCUGGCGGCUAAACAAACCCUUUACUAGAUCACGUGAGAGAGCAAAGCAAACUGAAGUCAUGCUAUUUAUUUAUUUUGGCAAAGGGCAAAAACCUUUAUAUUUUACUAGAAAGCUAUUUAUUUCUACAUUGUAUUUAUUUUUUCAUGGAUGGAAUCAUUGUGGAUCAGAUGAUUCACACAACUUUAUGCAUUUCCUGCUAACAGUUUUUCAGUUUUAGGAAAAAAAUCAAAACAAUUCCAGUGAAAACUUUGGUAACAAUUAUUUUGUGGAUGAUAUUUGUUCAUAAUGUUAAAACAAUAAAGGGCUCAUAAUAAAUGAAUAUAUUUUUGAACCAAUUAAACAUCACAUACAGUAUGUUUUCAACAAAUGUUUUGUCAGCCAAAUGAGCACCCAUGUAAAAUGUAAUUUAGGUUUUGCUACGAGCAUGCUCAAUUUUUAUAUAUUUUAUGUUCUAUAUCAUAUGCUAAAAAAGAGCUUACUUGCUAAAAGAAAGAUAAAAUAUUAAAAAUAAAAUCUUGACCUCAUAUAUCUCCCAAAUGCAUCCUACGGGCCAUCCUGAUGAGAAAUGAUGCUCUAUUCAAGGAAAGAAAAACAUACAGGGGAGACAAAACCUGCAGUGCCACUUGGAAAUGGUGACGUCAAAUUCUGGCUGACUGCUUGCUACAGUAAAAACGUAAUAAGAAUAUGUUAGGCUUACAUGUAAUUUCUGUGUUCUUCUAGAAAAAUAUUUGAACAAUACCUUCUUUGAGGAAUAAUAGAAAAUCCAAACACAAGCAAAACAAACUAAGGUUGUGUUUUCCUACAAAUAUCAGAAAAAUAUGAUAUAGUAUGAGCAAGUACUUCAUUAAAGAACACAUGUUGGGGCUGACCCCAUGGUGUAGUGGUUAAGUGUGGCACACUUUACAUUGGUGGCUCAGGUUCCUGGGUUCAGAUCCUGGGCGUGGACCUGUACCACUCGCCAGCCAUGCUGUGGUGGCAACCUACAUAUAAAGCGAAGGAAGAUUGGCACAGAUGUUAGCUCAGGGCAGAUCUUCCUCAAACAAAAAAAUAAAGAAAGGGAAGAUUGGUAACAGAUGGUAGCUCAGGGCUAAUCUUCCUCAGCAAAAAAAAGAAAAGAGAAAGAACAGAUGUUAUGUUUGUUCACAAAUUCAGAAAUCUAAUAGAAAAAUAUGACACAAUGUGCCAAAGCUAAACCUUAGGGUAUGACUAAAAAUCCACUGCUUUGUUGCCCACAGUUCUCUCUUCUGUUAUGGCAUUGGGUUCCCAAAGUAGAUGCCCUGUUUCUCACACAAGUUAAAUCAGGAAAUACAUGUGAGUGCCAGUUGAAGGCUAUUUUGAGACUACCCUAGGCACAUAAUUGUAUUGUUUUCAUGCCCAAAUCCCAGUGUGUUUAUUACCAGUAAUGAUUCUCACCCAAUGCAUGUCUGUAUCAGUGUGUACUCUUGAUAAUUUGUGUGAAAAUAGACUACUGUUUAUAAUUAAUAAUAUUUCAACUGCAUAAUAAAAGCAAUUUGAAGAACA